GAGGACUAAAGAGUCAGUGACUGAACAAGCUACUGUCACACACAGAUGCAUGUGAAUCUAUAGGCCUGGUUAUUUAUUUGUGUUUGAGUAUUAGAAGUCACAGCUGAGUUCUCUCUAGAGCUUCAGCAGCAAAUAUGUUUGCUGUUUGAUUCACAGUUUUUCUUGUCAUUUUUACUGUAUGUAAUUUUUGGGCCUUACCUGGAACAGUAGGAUCACCCUACACAUUUUAUUGUGGUUUUAACAGUGUGGCUUUGAGUUUAGUUUUUUGUGUUAUUUAACUAGAGUCUAGAUAAGUGUGUGUGUAGUCAUGAAGGAGGAGAUUGCUGCUGCCGUGUUCUUUGUGGCUCGGCUGGUGAAGAGAUACGGCUGCUUGGACAACGACAGCAGAGAGCGAUUUGCCGCUGCCCUCACCUCUGUUCUGUUUGAAAACUACAAGAACCACUGGCACCCAGCAGCUCCAAUAAAGGGACAGGCAUACAGGUGUCUGCGUACGAACCGCGUGUGGCUCCGGGACCCAGUGCUGCAGCAGGCCUGCGAGCGCAGUCUGGUGCAGUACGAGGAUCUCGGCCUCCCCCAGGAGCUGACGGUGUGGGUCGACCCAGGAGAGGUUUCUUGCAGAUACGGUGAACACAGCGCUCCGUUCUGCGUCUCGGCCGUGGACAGUUGCCGUCGGGGGGAUGGGGAAUUUUCCCGUCGCAUCCAUGACGCCGUGGAGCGCGCGAGCCUGGACAUCCCAUCAGGAAACUCGUCCGAUGAGGAGGAUGGAGGUGCAGACAACAGCCUGAGCAGCAGUUGCUGCAGCCUGUCAGCUCUCUGCUCUGCUGCGGUACCACCCACCAACCCUGAACCCAAGACCAUCCCAACUGUCAGCAACCCCAACAGCGUCUAUCGGUUCAGUGAGUUUUCUGCUGGUGCUCCUCAGAUGUGGUUAAGAGAGAAGAGGAAGCCCUUUUCUGGGGACACAUUCUCGCCUCACGCUCCCCCAGCUGGAGGCCCAGUCUCCCAGUUCUCUGGUCAGAAAGGCUUCAGCUCCUACCGAGCCACCUUCACCUUCACGGGGCCGCGGGUUGACAAGUACCAUUGGGUCAGCAAAUCCCGCUAGCCAGCCCAGUCUCCUGCCUACACACAGAACUGGGGUCCUGCUCAGGAUCUGAGCUCUGAUGCUGAAUCAACCCCCAACACACUUUACAGGGUAGUGGUGUCUCUUUAAAUGAAAUAAGUUUAAUAUAUGUAUGUGACUAAUGCUGGUCAAGCAUUAACUUUUUAAAUUGUGAAAUAUUCAGUAUUUUAAUGUAACCCUUCAUUCUAGAUGUUUUUAAACUAAAAGUAAGUGUGAAUAAAGUAACAUGGACUUGUCAUUGAAAAGAAAUAAAGCGUCUGUCUGCUCUGCUGGUUA